GAUCCUCGCAUGUUUACGUUAAUUUGUGUGGUGGUGGAAGGGAGGUAAUGCCUCGAGAGAACCUGGUCUAAGUGCCCUGUCUGUGAUAUUUGAUAUAAAGUUGUAGUUUUGGGCGUAUUUAUGUAUGCCAAGUACCUGCCGCUAGAGAGGAAUGAAGAGGUUCUGCUAGGACUGCCUGCCUGUGCGUGAGCUCCGCACGCUGCUGUGGAAUGCCAGAUUGCUAGAACGCCGCGCCACUCAGCCGCCGCCAUGGCUUCCACGUCAGCGUUCGUGGACAAGAUCGAUCCUUUCGCCAAGAAGUCGCUCAAGAAGAAGCAGCGGAAGUCGCAGGGUUCGUCUCGCUACCAGGCCCACAGCAAUGUGGAGAUCGUGCCGCUGCCGCUCCUCAAAGAUGUGCCGCCGGCCGAGCAGGAGGACCUGUUCAUCCGCAAGCUGCGCCAGUGCUGCAUCUCUUUCGACUUCAUGGAUCCGGUGGCCGAUCUGAAGGGCAAAGAGAUGAAGCGCGCCACCCUUAACGAGCUGGUGGACCACAUCACUUCGGGCCGCGGCGUGCUCACCGAGGCCGUCUACCCGGAGAUAAUCCGCUGCAUCGGCUGUAACCUGUUUCGGACGCUGCCGCCAAGCGAGAACCAGGAGUUCGACCCGGAGGAGGACGACCCCACGUUGGAGGCGUCCUGGCCGCAUCUGCAGCUUGUCUACGAGUUCUUCUUGCGCUUUCUGGAGUCGCCGGAUUUCCAGCCUAACAUAGGAAAGAAAGUCAUAGACCAGAAGUUUGUUUUGCAAUUGUUACAGCUGUUCGACAGCGAGGACCCGCGCGAGCGCGACUUCCUCAAGACGGUGCUGCACCGAAUCUACGGCAAGUUCCUCGGCUGGCGGGCCUUCAUCCGAAAACAGAUCAACAACUUCUUCCUGCGCUUCAUCUAUGAGACGGAGCAUUUUAACGGCGUGGGCGAGCUGCUGGAGAUCCUGGGCAGCAUCAUUAACGGCUUCGCGCUGCCGCUGAAGCACGAGCACAAGCAGUUUCUGAACAAGGUGCUGAUCCCGCUGCACAAGGUGCGUUGCCUCUCGCAGUACCACGCCCAGCUAGCCUACUGUGUGGUUCAGUUCCUCGAGAAGGACCCCACGCUCACCGAGAAGGUCAUCCUCGGUCUGCUCAAGUACUGGCCCAAGACCUGCAGUCAAAAAGAGGUGAUGUUUCUCGGCGAGAUCGAGGAGAUACUGGACGUGAUCGAGCCGAACCAGUUUGUUCGGAUCCAGGAGCCUCUGUUCCGCCAGAUCGCAAAGUGCGUCUCCAGUCCACACUUUCAGGUGGCAGAGCGAGCGCUCUAUUUUUGGAACAAUGAGUACAUCAUGUCGCUGAUCGAGGACAACAGUAGUGUCACGCUGCCCAUCAUGUUCCCGGCUUUGUACAGGAUUAGCAAGGAGCACUGGAACCAGACUAUCGUGGCGCUGGUCUACAAUGUGCUCAAGACGUUCAUGGAGAUGAACGGCAAGCUGUUCGACGAGCUCACCGCCUCCUACAAGUCGGAACGGCAAAAAGAGAAGAAGCGGGAGAAGGAGCGGGAGGAGCUGUGGAAGCGGUUAGAUUCGUUGGAACUGCAGUCCAAGAAGGAGGCUACCGACGCCAAGUAAACAGCCGCGCGCUCUCUCUCCCUCUCUCUCCCCUCUCAACGGACAGAGCUGGCGGCCGGCGGGCGGGCGCCCGCCCCCCACGUGCGCGAGUGCGUGCGUAUGCGCGCGGCUGUGCGAAAGUGCGUGCGCCUCAGGCGCGGACCGUGGGACGCUAGUCAGUGCGUGUGCGUGCGCGCGUGGCUCGCCGUGCUGAACCGGAACGGGCGGCGCGUCCCGUCGGAACACUCAUGUGAUUCAUAUUACGGGACGGAGCGUCGAUUGAAUAACAGUGGCUGUUUUCCGUUCGUAAUAGUUCAAUCCCUUGCGCGUUGGCACACUGUCCGAUCCUCUUCAACACAUGGGCCCACCCGGCGGAGGUAGUGAUAGCUAAUGCUCUUGGCCUUGUUUUGUUGUUGCCAAAUAAGUGUAUGCACGCUGAGUACCGCCCUGACGGCCGCUUCUCUGACUGACGGCCGCUCUGCCGCUCCCGGGCUGCCGGCCGCCGGCGCCGCUCCGGCCGGGUCGUGCCUUCG